GCAAAGGGAAAUCCAGCUUUUUGAAUGCACUACAGCAUAGUACACUAUAUGAUUACAGAAUUUUGAACAACGUUAUAAUAUUUACACUGUACAAUGGACGCUAUUAAAAAAAGAGAGAGAAUGUAUCGCUCCAUUAUUGGACAGUUGCAAAAUGAUGGUUACAUGGCGAUUGCAAAAUCGUUAACAUCACAAGUAAAGCCAUUUAAUCCAUGUACAUCAUCAGAUUUUCUCUUUAAAGCAUAUAGUAUUGGUUUGGAACAGGUUGAAGAAGAUAAAACUGAUCAAUCGUAUAUUCCUAAUGUUCUUGAAUCAAUUCCACCUGGACGAGGAAUAGAUUUGGAGUUUGAAAACGAAGUUCAGAUUUUAUCUCCUGAAGCUGUUCAAUAUGAGACUUGUUAUGUCACUGCACACAAAGCACCAACAAGAGCUGCAACAUUUUCUAAGAAUGGUCAAUAUAUUGCAACUGGUUCUGUUGAUACUUCGAUCAAAGUUCUUGAUGUGGAAAGAAUGCUGGCAAAGAGUAUUCUGCCAUCGGAUAUAAAUAAUAUGAUGGAACAAUCAUCACAAGCCGGUGGAAUGGCUGACCAUCCAGUUAUUCGGACACUCUAUGAUCAUGUGGAUGAGAUAACUUGCAUUGAGUUUCAUCCAACCCAACAAAUACUUGUGUCUGGUUCAAGGGAUUAUACAGUAAAAGUUUUUGAUUUUACCAAAAGUUCAGCAAAACGAGCAACAAAAGCAAUCAGUGAAGUGGAGAGAGUUAAAACAUUGGCGAUGCAUCCAGCAGGUGAUUUUAUUUUGGUUGGAACACAUCAUCCUGUUAUUCGACUUUACGAUCUUGAAACAUUUCAAUGUUUUGUAAGUUGCCAUCCAGCAGAUCAACACAAGGGGCCUAUCAAUUGUAUAUCAUACAACCAAACAGGAAAUUAUUAUGCAUCAGGAAGUAAGGAUGGAGAAAUCAAGAUUUGGGAUGGUGUCAGUAGUCGCUGUAUCAUGAAGUUUCCAGAUGCUCAUGAUGGUGACGAUGUUUGUUCUGUUGUUUUUUCCCGUAAUGGUAAAUAUUUGUUAACAAGUGGAAAAGACAGUGUAGCACGACUAUGGUCACUUGCUGCACCGACCCAUCCAGUUCUUGUAUACACUGGAGCCGAGUUAAGUGGAAAGCAGACCCAUCAAGCUCAAGCAGUUUUUAACCACACUGAGGAUUAUGUUUUCUUUCCGGAUGAACAAACUGUAUCGUUGUGUUGUUGGUGUGCACGGACAGGAGAGAGACAACGAUUAUUAUCACUUGGUCAUCAAGGUCCUGCACGGAGAAUUGCACAUUCACCAACUAUUGCAGCUUUUAUUACAUCUAGCGAAGAUUUCCGAGCACGAUUUUGGUACAAGUCACCUUUAUCGGAGUAAAUGUCCUUCAUAAUCUUUUUAAACAUAUUGAAGUGCAUAGUUGCUGCUAUGAUAACAAGAAUAACUGCAGAACUUGGUUUGACCACUUCCCAUCAUGAAACUCAUUAAAAACUACACCCGGUUGAGAUAAAAUUCACUAGUCUUGUGUAGAUAAUAUUCCAAGGUAUAAAGUAAAUAAUGUUGGUAACUUAAGUGGUUGAAUUCAUAUCCAUAAUAUUUUCAAGAAAAUUAAAACAGUUUGAAACUUUUUUGAUAAAA